UACAUCGCGACGUUUGAGAAACGAACUCUCGGCCUAUAAAUUUCAUUCCCGACUCAUCUUCCAUGGCUCGUCCGUUCGCUGUCUCCUUCUCUCUCACUUCGAUCCACUCUCUCUUCAGAUCCCAUCCCAAGAACAGGAUCUUUGUGUGAAUAUAUUAAGCCAAGAAGUCGGAGAGAAUGGGUCGUGGAGUCAGCAGCGGAGGGGGCCAGAGUUCAUUGGGCUACCUGUUUGGGAAUGGUGAGGCUCCCAAACCUGCUACAAAUCAUGCUCAGCCUGCUCAGAACCCAGUACAGAGCCCAGUACCAGCUGAAAAUAAUGUACCUGCCCAGAAGCUGCAACCCAUAGAUAACGCUAAGCAGAUUCCUGCUGGCAUCCAUGGAAACCCUGCCAACAACUAUUUCCGUGCUGAUGGUCAGAACAGUGGCAAUUUCAUCACGGACCGUCCUUCAACUAAGGUUCAUGCUGCCCCUGGCGGUGGCUCUUCCCUCGGCUACUUGUUUGGUGGUGGUGGUAACUGACUGCCAUUUUGCCAAAUGCCAUGAAGUUGGUGCUGUUUGGAACUCUAGCUAGUAGAAGCACUAUCGGGAUAUGUUAAUUAGAUAAUAUGAUUGUUUGUUAUGUAAUAUAGCUCCGUGCAGGGAUUGUUCUGUCAUUUUUCUUUGAUUAAAAAUUGGGCUAAAGAAGGCGGAGAAAAAGUCAGUUGCUUGUCCGGAUACUUAAAAGGUGUGAUUUUCCUGUCAUGUGCCUGGUGAAUGUCCAUUUGUAGUUGUUGUUACAGUUUUAGUACUGAAUUUUCUGUUUAA